AUGGAGGCCCUGGGCCCCAGCGCGGAGAAGAGGAACUCGGGCCGAGGAGGCUGGACGCUCAACAGUGCCGGCUACCUUCUGGGUCCCGUCCUCCGCCUCCCCCAGGUGGCCGACCAGGACGGCAAGAGGGAGACGGCUCUCGAGAUCCUGGACCUGUGGAAGGUCAUCGAUGGACUUCCCUAUUCCCGCCGUCGGCAGGCCUCCAGGAGGAGUCUGGUGGAGACAUUUGCCAAACCAGAGAUUGGAGAUCUGGGUGUGCUGGGCGAGAAAGUUCCCAAGGAGGAAGGUGUCCUGAAGUCAUAG